ACAGGAUGGCUGCUCCCCAUAACGGAUCCAACAUAACGGCGAACUACACCAACCAGUUCGUGCAGCCGCCGUUGCAAGUCGCUCUCUGGUCCGUAGCCUACAGCUCCGUGCUGGCGGUGGCGGUGUUUGGGAACCUCAUCGUGAUAUGGAUCAUCCUGGCCCACAAGCGCAUGAGGACGGUGACGAACUACUUUCUGUUAAACUUGGCGUUUUCGGACGCGUCAAUGGCGGCGUUGAACACUUUGGUCAACUUUAUCUACGCCACCCACGGGGAUUGGUACUUCGGGAAGGCGUACUGCAAAUUCCACAACUUCUUCCCGGUCACGUCCGUGUUCGCAAGCAUCUACUCCAUGACCGCGAUAGCUGUUGACAGGUACAUGGCCAUCAUCCAUCCCCUGAAGCCUCGCCUGUCGGCGAAGGCCACCACCGGAGUCAUCGUCUGUAUCUGGAGUCUGGCCGUGGUUCUGGCCUUUCCUCUGUGCUACUUCUCCACCACCCUGACUCUCCCCCACAAGACCGUCUGCUACGUGGCCUGGCCCCGCAAGGCCGACGACCCCUUCAUGUAUCAUAUCAUGGUCACAGGUCUGGUCUACGUGCUGCCCCUAGUGGUGAUGGGCAUCAACUACACCAUCGUGGGGGUGACUCUGUGGGGAGGGGAGAUCCCAGGAGACUCAUCAGAUAACUAUCACGGACAGCUUAGGGCUAAAAGGAAGGUGGUAAAGAUGAUGAUCAUCGUGGUGGUGACCUUUGCCCUCUGCUGGCUGCCCUAUCACAUCUACUUCAUUGUGACCGGCCUCAACAAGGGACUGAGAAAGUGGAAGUACAUCCAGCAGGUUUACCUGUCGGUGCUGUGGCUGGCGAUGAGCUCCACCAUGUACAACCCCAUCAUCUACUGCUGCCUCAACAGCAGGUUUCGAGCCGGCUUCAAGCGAGCGUUCCGCUGGUGCCCGUUCAUCCAGGUGUCCAGCUACGACGAGUUGGAACUACGCUCCACGCGUCUGCAUCCCACCCGCCAGAGCAGCAGCGUGUACACGCUGUCACGAAUGGACACCUCCGUGGUGUCGGUUUGCAACCCGACUGUGGGCAACGGCGGCUCCGGAGGAAGGAAGCUGUCCCUGUCGGCCAGAAAGAGAAGCUACAUCACGUCUCGCCACGCGGAGAUCGGCGGGUGCGGCGACGACGUUGCAAAGGCGCAGAACGGAGAGGUUCCACGCGUCCAACCAGAGGAUUUCUCUUAAAGGGUGUUUUUAGAGACAUGUGCAUGCAAAAAAAAAACACACAAAUGAGGGGACAGAUGUUUGGUUUAUUUAGACAUGAUUUCGUUAUCAGCUGAGACACAGUGUCAACCAAAUUCAUUUUAAAUUGAAUGCUUGUUCCCCUUGUUGCCUACAUUCACGCUUAAAUGUAUUUAAGCAGCUGUGGUAAAUCUUCACUAUGACGAGUAUAGCAGCUUAGAUAUGCUAACCCUAACCAAAGCAAAUACAGCAUGCAUCACAGGUUAUUCCAGCCCAAACACUGUGUCUCGUAUUGUUUUGUUACAGAGAGAUCUGCGUGGAGCUGGGGGCUCUUUCACAAAAAAAACGGAUUGCACGCUGUUCAAAGGGCCAGAGUCACAAUUCACAAAGCAUUGUUGAUUGAAAAUUCCACAUAGAGAGAGAAGGUUCACCCAUCCUCACGCACGGGGGGACUACAGUGUUAGUGUUUUUAGUCGUUGAUACCUCUCGAAAUACAUGAUAGCGGAAAUGAUCCCGUUGUAAAUUACCAGUUGGUGAAACCAACAUCUGCUUUGGGAAAGAUCCACAUUGCCUUGAGACACUGAAGUUUGGGGUUUGUUCUGAACCUGUUAAACAUAUAAUUUCAAAAUAUAAGUUCAAAAGCGAUCCCUUUGCAUUAAUCACGUACUGAAAGUAGCUGUUCCAUUACUUAAAUGCAGCCAGUGUGCUGUUGUUUAAUUAACCCAUCCAUUAUUUUACCACAGUUAAAAUGAUUGAUGUCUAAAUUAAUCAGUUCUGCUUGGAGAUUCGCUGAGCGCGAGACCAUCUCACAGCCGAGAUAAUUUGAGAAAAACACCAUGGUGGUUUUAAUUACAUUUUCAUAUCUGAGUAAUAAGUGGCGACUUCAUGUGACGCAGAUGAUGCACUCUGCAUCCAUUUCCCCCUGAAGCCACGAACGAGAAGGUGGCCGAUGGAACAGCUGUUUAUUGAACCCCAUUUGGUUCAAUAUGUUGCCUUGGCUUUGGCACUGAAAGUAUUGUAAUUGGGUUUGGCUUUCACUUAUGUAAUGGCUGUGAGGAAAAGGCUUUGUGAAACCAAAAGUAAGCUGGAGGCCAAAUCCAGUACUUGUAGCCCGCUGAUUAAAAGGCUGCUGGAGAAUGAGCAGAUUGGGAGAAAAACGAAAAACCAACUCGUGACUCGCGCUGAGACUAAUGAAGGAAAAAAAACAAAGGAAGCUGCACAUUGAAGUGCAACCUCGGUUUUACACUUGAGUAUCCGUCUUUUAAUUGCCUUCACGCAGGGCAUUAUGAGCAAGCGAGACGGUUGCUUUCGCAGUUGUUGGUGUUUCAGUAUUUCCUUUGUGCUGUUUCCCUGUGUUUAAUCUUUAUUUAAAUCCUUGCUUUUGUACUAUGAUGAGGUGAACCAUACUCUGGCAGUAUAAUAUGUACCAUAAGACCAGUAAAUUCCCACUGCUAGGAACUAGUGUGACAGUAGUUGCUGUUUGUUCUUUCAUCAAAAGUUAUUCUCAUUCUUUAAAGAUAUUGCAAAAAAAACAAAAAACAAUGUCGGCAGUGUCCUCCUUGUAGCCUUUAGUGAUAGCAGAUACAUGUGUUUCAACAAAAGUUUGGUCUCAAAUCUUCUGGAUUGACAUAGAAUUACAACCAUCAAAACAUAAUAUAGAUAGUCAUUAAUUAUUCUUACCAACAGUUCUGAAUGUCAAAAGACUCCAUGAAAGUAUUUACUCAAGAAUGUGAAAAACAAGUAGUGCAUUUCAGUGCCAUUCAUUUCUAAGGUAUCGUCUGAAAUCCUUGUGUUAAAGUUGGUUGACUAUUAAUAUGUGGUGAUUAAUCUGUUUUAAUGUUACUCUGUAUACUUUUAUGUGCUUUGUUUUGAACGUACAGUACAAUAUGUGCCUCGAUCUCUUUCAAGUGGUGACCGUAUUGUUUGCUCUGUCUAUAAAAGAUAAAUUGUUCAUUCGGAUUUUAGUCUCAUUUCUUUGCUCAUACAACCAAUGAAUAAACUAUUUUGAUGUCA